AUGUCUUCUUACACUUAUGACGAGAGAUUAGGAUGGAGGCGCUUUCGUGCAUUGAAUCCAUUCAGGGGCAUGUAUCACGAUGUCCGUCGGCGGCUGCCCUACUACUGGAGCGAUAUCCGAGAUGCUCUGACCUAUCGAACAUUCGCAAGUGCAAUUCGAAUGUACUUUGUCAAUAUUCUCCCUGCGAUCGCUUACACUUUGGAUAUGUAUCGACGGACGGGGGAGUUCUAUGGGAUCAACGAGGCGCUCUUCUCCUCGGCCCUCGCAGCCAUGAUUUUCAGCAUCUUAGGCGCACAACCACUUACUAUCGUUGGCAUCACAGGCCUGAUAUCACUCUUCAAUUAUACGAUAUAUGACAUUAUUGUCAUCUAUGAGCCGGCGAUAUAUGCCAACUUCAUGUGCUGGACAGCAAUUUGGGCGGCGAUAUUCCAUUGGCUUGUUGCUGCUUGCAACUUCUGCGACUAUAUGCGUUAUGUGACGGAGUUUUCUUCUGAAUCAUUCGGUGCAUACGUAGGGAUAAUUUAUUGCAUCAAGGGAGUUGAAGAGCUUGCUAAUGAGUUCAAUGUCUACGGCCCGACGGCUGGGUUCAUGAGCUGCAUGAUCGCCAUACUAUAUUUUCUCUCGGUAUACGGCCUAGAGUGCUUGGGUUCCAGUACAGUCGGUCUCCCGUGGUUUCGAGGCCUGCUUGCUGAUUACGCCUAUGUGGUCGGGACCCUCUUUUGGGUAGGCUUUGCACAUAUUCCUGGAACGCUCAAGGAGACUGGUAUUUCGUUCGUCCCUAUCAGCCGAGCAUUUUACCCCACACAACCGCGUGGCUGGCUGAUACAUUUCUGGGAGUUGGAGGUCAAAUGGGUAUUUGCGGCCCUGCCUUUUGGGUUUUUGGUCAUGCUACUGUUCUACUAUGACCAUAAUGUUAGCAGCCUCACAGCUCAAGCCAGACAGUUUCCUCUGCGAAAGCCUGCAGGCUUCCACUGGGACUUUUUUCUCCUAGGCUGCACAACCUUUCUCGCCGGGAUAACCGGUAUCCCAUUGCCAAAUGGCCUUGUCCCACAGGCACCUGUGCAUACCGACUCUUUGACUAUUUACCACACGGAUACGCUGAUCAUCCCAACUACGGGGGGCGAAAGCGCGGAGCUCCGCCGCCCUAUAGUCAAAGCCACUGCUGUCAUUGAACAACGUGUCUCUCACUUCCUAAUGGGCCUUGCUAUUAUUGGUACCAUGACUGGGCCCCUCCUCAUAGUCUUACACACCAUGCCUUCUGCAAUUUUUGCCGGUGUCUUUUUCAUUGUCGGCUGGGGUUCCAUCGAAUCGAACGGUAUCUUCCAGAAGACAAUUUUCCUUCUCCGCGAGGAACGCUUUAUCCAGCGGGACGAACCUUUAUUACGUGUCAGGCGGCCAAAAAUAAUACUUUAUAUCUCCUGUCAGGCAUUUGGGGUCGCGGCUUGUGUUGCGAUUUCUCAGACGAUAGCCGCCAUUGGGUUUCCGAUCUUAAUUAUUGCUUUGAUUCCAUUUCGAGUAUGGGUUAUGCCAAAGUGGUUUAGCAAGGACGAUUUGGAUGUGUUGGACGAUCUGACAGCGGAUAAUAGUACGGUAUUGGCAAGCCUAGGGGGCACGCCGAGGUUUCCGGGGCCGCAAGACAAGGAGAGAGAGGAUUAUGGACUCGCGAGACGCUCUUCAGAGCAGAAAGGGGAAUUCUCUCGACAGAGGUUGGGAAGCAUUCAUCGAUGA